UCGGGAAGCCGCCGCAUGGCGCGGGCGGGGAUCGCCGGCCCGGGGCCCGGGGGGCAGCGGGGUGCGGCCCUGGGACGCGCGCCUUGGCGUUGGGCCCUGGCGGUGCUCUGGCUGACGGCGGCCCCCACUUGGUCCCCGGCCUCGGGAGACCGCGCCCGGCGCCAGUGGCCGGUGCCUUACAAACGCUUUUCCUUCCGUCCAGAACCAGAUCCUUAUUGCCAAGCUAAAUAUACUUUCUGUCCAACCGGCUCUUCUAUCCCAGCUAUGAAGGGUGACGAUGUCAUUGAAGUCUUUCGAUUACAAGCACCAGUGUGGGAAUUUAAAUAUGGAGACCUCCUGGGUCACAUGAAAAUCAUGCAUGAUGCUGUCGGAUUCAGGAGUACUUUAACUGGCAAAAACUACACAAUGGAAUGGUACGAGCUUUUCCAACUGGGAAACUGCACAUUUCCCCAUCUCAGACCUGAAAUGAGUGCCCCCUUCUGGUGUAAUCAAGGAGCUGCCUGCUUUUUUGAAGGAAUUGAUGAUCUUCACUGGAAGGAAAAUGGGACACUGGUUCUGGUAGCAACCAUGUCAGGAAACAUGUUUAACAAAAUGGCAAAGUGGGUAAAACAGGACAAUGAGACAGGUAUUUACUAUGAGACGUGGACUGUCCAAGCCAGCCCAGAAAAAGGGGCGGAGAUAUGGUUUGAAUCCUACGACUGUUCCAAAUUUGUGUUAAGGACAUAUAGCAAGUUGGCUGAACUUGGAGCAGAGUUCAAGAAGAUAGAAACCAACUAUACAAGAAUAUUUCUUUACAGUGGAGAACCUACUUAUUUGGGAAAUGAAACAACUAUUUUUGGACCAGUAGGAAACAAGACUCUUGCUUUAGCCAUAAAAAGAUUUUAUUAUCCCUUCAAACCACAUUUAUCAACUAAAGAAUUUCUAUUAAGUCUUUUGCAAAUUUUUAAUGCAGUGAUUAUGCACAGACAGUUCUAUUUAUUUUAUAAUUUUGAAUAUUGGUUUUUACCAAUGAAAUUCCCUUUUAUUAAAAUAACAUAUGAAGAAAUCCCUCUACCUAACAGAAACAGAACGCUCUUUGGUAUAUAAAACCUGAUUCCAUCUUUUUUGAUUCUGUCUCCAACCACCAGCAUCUUGAUUUUCCAGGGAGUGACUGUCCAUUUGUGGAUUUCUUAGGCCAUCGUUCCUUGGGGUGCAAAGGUAACGUGCACAGCAGUAGACUUGCUGCAUGUUAACAUCUCAGGACUUGGAACAAAUGUCGGAAAUCUCACUGAUUGUAUUGGCCAAAGUGAGCAGGUUCGGCGAUGAUGAUUUCCAUCUCUGAGACUAUGAUAAUGUGGAGAAUUAUGGUUCACAUUAGAUAUAUAGGAUCUUUGGAGCCAGUAUUUGUAAACUGCGGAUAUGGUGUACCAACAAAUAAAAAAUAUGCUCGUUGACAGUUUCAUGGUGGGAGCUACUUUUUCUGGUAGAGUAGUUAAACUGUUUCAAGUAUAUUUGGGUAGUUUAGACUGACUUUAUAUCUUUUAUAGCUUUUGGAACUGGGUCUAGUAGUCUGAUUGAGCUCCAUUCACUUAACCUUAAAGACUUAACUUGGACACCAUAGCUGGAGUAGUUUUGCUUCUAAGCUGUAAAUACAGUAUUACAGAGAACAAAUCUGAGGGUUUGAUUUCUCACCAGCCUUUUGAAACUAGCCAGUAACUGGCAUUUUGUGAUUUAACUAGCUUAACAUCACUGAACCUUCAUUUCCUUAUCUCUAAAAUGAUUCCUCUCUCAGGACUGCUGUAAAGAUUAAUGUAUGUUUGACAUUGUAAGGUCUCAAUAAAUGGUAGCCACAAUGAUUAAUCACAGAACACAUCGUCAUCCUUGAUCUUGCUUAAUGUAGUUUAAGUGCCAGCCUCUUAUUAUUAUUAUGGUUUCAUAAUAAUCACCUAGACUUUGAACUGAUAGCAUCGUGCUUCAUUGGCUCUUCAAACAUUUGUGGUACGAAAAUAAUCUGGCUGCAGACUUGUCUGGGGAAAGGGGUACCCCACUGCCUUUGUAGUUUGCCAUCCUCCUGUUAAAGCUGUCAGCUCAGUGGAAAGGGUGAACUUCCAGAGAAAGGACGUUUUUUUUUUUCAAGUAGCUGCGCUUCCAUUGUGGCCAUCAAACAAGCUUUCAAGGCCUUCUAAGUAUUUAAUGAUCAAUUGAGCACAUUCUUUCUAUUCAUGGAAAAACCACCAGUCAGUAAGAUGAUGGAACAGACAUCAGAGAAAACAAUACGUGCUUAAUAUGUAACUGUUCCAACUGUAUUAGUUUCAGCUAACAUAUGAGUGCUUCCUGUGAAGUUCGUACAUUUUCAUUGUAUUAUCAUUAAAAGCCUGAAUAGAUUUUACCUGAUCUAAAUGAGUAAAUUGAGGUCUAGAAAGGUUAAGUGGCUUUUCCAAGGCCACCCAGCUGGUAGUAAUGGAAUCAUAUUCAGUUUUUCUGACUGAAUCGGGUGGAUACAUUACGCGAGUUUUCCCAUGCUACUCAAAGUGUGGUCACAAACCAGUGCCAGUUCACCAAGUGUUACUGGUCUGUGACAGACAUAAAUACAGAAAUUGGGAGUACAAUUUGACAGUAGUUUUGCCUCUUCAAUCUAAUUUUAAAAAAAGGAACUUGUAUUUUGAAUGUCUUCAUUUCUCUAAGAAUUCAAUUUUUGUCUUUUUUCAAAAAUUUAGGCCCACAAUAGAUUAAAAACCCAGUCCUUUACCACAGAUAGCUUGAGAAGCCCUGCACUGUACCUUUCAGAGGUAAUGUCUUCCUCAGAUACAGAGAACUUACUUUCACUGCCUCACAUUUAGCAUGUCUCCUAAUGUUAAUAGUACCUAAAUAUGCCUAGUUAAUUUUGCCUCUAACCUGCCAGCCAUCCUCAGAGUGAAUCAAACAAAACCCAUUGCCAUCGAGUCGAUGCCAACUCACAGCAACCAUAUAUAACAGGGUAGAACUGCCCCAUAGGGUUUCCAAGGAGCUGCUGGUGGAUUUGAACUACCAGCCUUUUGGUUAACAGCCUGAACUCUUAACUACCAUGCCAUGAGAGCUCAGUCCUCAGAAUAAAUCAGAAGAAAAACUUAGAUCUCUGCAUUACCGCCAUCUAGUGGUUAAAAUCGGGUAAUGCCAACUUCCACAGGAUUCUCAGCAAAAUUGCACUGGCUGGGUAAAUAGUAUUUCCGAUCUCCAGAACUGCAAAGUGACAAGCAAAGGCUCUUGUGCCAGGGUGCUUAGCUGCCAAUCACAAAACUUAGUCCCAUAAGACUAAAUGAGCAUAGCUGCACAUGGAACCUGAAUUUAAAAACAAGAUCCUAAUAUGUUAAAGAGGUGUUGGAGAUUUCUCAUUAUUCCUAAUACUAAUGUACUCUGAAAGUACCAUAGGCUCCGCUGAUCGUAGCAUAGCAUUCAGACAAGUGAGUGCUUUUUAUGAAUUGAUCAAACCUGUCAACUGUACUUAAGAGGGAGGGCUUUCGAGUAGAGAGGAUUCAAGAACAAGUUUCAAAACGGUAGUUGAAAAACUAAAAACACGGCCAGGUAGAAAUCUGCCUGUUAAAUUUUGCUGCCCUUUGAACUACUGUAUAACAAGUGUGAUUUUUAUUUUGCUAUAGUUAUAAAUGUAUAAAGUUCCCUUAACUUUCUAAAAUUAAACUUUGAAAUUUGAAUUACAUUAGGACUUUAGAAUAACUAUAUUCUCAUUAAUUCUGGCUCAGUAUCGGGUGAGUAUGCCCGUAAAGUGCCUUCUCACAUAUUGUUGCGGGUACAGGAAAGCAGUCAAGGUGAAAAUAAGUUUAAAAUUUUUGGAACCCAGUAUCGGCUCCUUAAAAAUCAGAAGACAUCACGAGCCUUAGGAAGUUUUACAGUCCACUGUGGUGGCUAAUGAAUUCUCAGUGACUGUAGUUCCUUUAAGAAGAUGCCUUUAUUUUUUUUUAAUGAAUUGUCAGCAUAUUAUAUACAAAGAGCAACGUUCCACAACUGCACAUAUGCUGUUCCGUGUUCACAGCCAGCGGUAACUGGGGCCAGUUUGUCUCUAGCAUCUUCCUCAUAUUUUCCUUUUACUGUCAAGUCAGUUAAAAAAAACUUCCCUUUAUACAUCCUCUCUCCCUUAUUUAAAACGGCUAGGUUACUCAUCAUUUACCUUUUUACUGGUCUGAAAGCUUUGUGUUCUUUUGAAGUUGGGUGUCAACAAUGAGGUGGGAUUGUCCUUGCUCCUCGUAGCCCUACAACCAGCCCCACAAGUAAACUGGGGAUGGAGUUUGUACAAAGAGCCUUCCAGGCAGAGAUUACCUAUUUUUUUUUUUUUUCUUAAAAGACCUAGUUUAGGUCUCAGCCUUCUUCACACCAAUUCCUCUAUCCUGAGCUUUCCCGUAAACACUAAAAAUUCUUCUGGAAUGUAGUAAAUUGAUUUAAUCUUAAAACAAGCAAUUUUUUUAUGGAUAAUAUUUUAAUGUAAACCGAUUACCAUAAUAAAAUGAAGUUAAAUUUUUGGAAGCAGUUAAAUUAGAUGAAAAUAGUUUCACUAAUUUACAAAUUCUUCUGAUAUACAGAUUUACAUAAUUUCUCCCUAAAAAGGCUAGCUAGGCUCCAGGACCCUUCAAGGUUGAUAAUUCUAUGUCUAAAUAAUUCUUAUUCUGAAUGCAGAAAGAACCUACUCCACUGAUUUUAACAAUUUUCAUAAUAAAAUUUAAAAAAUUUAUUUUAUGGUAAAUUUUUAAUUUCAUAUCACUUUAGGCAUCAGAGAUUAUUUCAAAAACAGAUAUUUGACUAAUUUCAUAUCUUCAAAAACACCAGUCUACCAUAUACAUUCUUUAAUUAAACAUUUUCCAUGGAUCUAAAAGAAAAACCAUAAAUUUGUAAGCUUAACUAAUUUUAAAGUCAAACAAGUAUAUAUGUUUGGGUAGCUUUUAAAAAUUGUAAUACAACAGCGUUAGUAACUAUCUUUAUUCUCAAAUUGAUAAAGGCAUUUAACAGAUACUUUGCAGUAUAAACAAAUUAAGUACUAUACAUUUGCCUUAUAAAGUGACUUAAAAGUAUUCCAAACAUUAUACAAUUCAAUUUGUACAAAAAGUAACUGUCCAAAUAAAGCUUUGGUAGUAGAACUGAUUUAAGUACUGACAAAUCCUUUUUCCAAAGUUGUUCAAGAAAAAAAAAAAAAAUCUUAUCCACUAAUAAAAAAAAAAAUCUUAUCCA